AUGUCGCAGCCGCAUUAUAGAGAGGCGGCAGAGUCGCUGUUAAGUAGUGUAAGCCCACACCAUCGGACGCUAAGACUGAUUCCAGCUCACUCCACGUCACUGAACUUGGUGUCCGAAGAUCUGGUGGCCGGACACAGGCCGCAGGGGAAGAUGUCUACAGUCAGGCGGUUCUUCUGUCUUUUUGUCACUUUUGAUCUGCUGUUCACUAGCCUCAUGUGGUUAAUAUGUGUUAUGAUGCGAGGUGAAACUUUAGAGCAAAUAAUGAAUUCUGAAAUAGUACAUUAUAAUGUAAAGACAUCGCUAUUCGAUAUAGUGAUGGUGGCUAUCUGUCGGUUUGUCGUCCUACUUCUGUUCUACGCCGUACUCUAUAUUAAUAAUUGGAGUAUUAUUGCGUUAUCGACAGGGUGUACAUGUGCCUUGUUAAUAGCAAAAGUAUUUGUGUUUGAUUGGCCUAACGCCGUGCAGCCGGUGUAUGAGGUGUUCCUAAUCCUGACAUCGUUCACCCUGGCGUGGGGGGAGGCGUGGUUCCUAGACUUCAGGGUGCUGCCCCAGGAGUUACAGGCGAAGCAGAUACUGGAGUCUAUAGUCCACCACAACACCUCCGAACGGACUCCGCUCCUGCAGGCCCAAGUUCCAUAUGCAAGUCAGUCCAACUAUGCAGAGUCCACCGUCAAGUGGUUCUCUCCAGUCGAGACUCCGGAGUCCAGUCCACGGCCCAGGCGGCCUGGUGAACAGGUCAUCUUGACCCAGGAACAGAUAGACGAAUAUAAAGCGCAGGCGCAUGAAAGCAUGCAGAAUGCGUGGCGUAUAGUGAACCUGUCGAACUGGAGCGUUGAGAAGAAGGGUGCUAAGGGGGACCUCGUCGAGUCCAAGAAGACUGAACAGUUCGGGAAGGUUUAUAGGUUUACUGGCAUAGUGGAAGCUCCUCCCAAGUUUUUGUACGAAGAGUUUAAAGACAACAUUACCAAGCUACCUGAGUGGAACCCUACCAUAUUAAAGAGUGAACUUAUAAAGGAAGUAGGUCCAGGCGUAGACCUGUCAUACCAGGUGACAGCCGGCGGUGGCCGUGGUAUCAUUGCUCCUCGAGACUUCGUGAUACUUCGGUGCACUGCGCCACUGAACAAGGAAGGGCAGGUCGUGACGACAGACCCGUACAGCUACAUCAGUAGUGGAGUCAGUGUUACUGUGCCUGGGUAUCCGCCGCAUAGGGAUCUUGUCAGAGGUCAAAACAAGGUGGGUUGUUGGUUCCUAAAGCCCCGUACAGUACAGACGCCGGGCGGCAAGAUAGAAACACACACCGUCUUUCAAUGGCUCAUGUGUUGCGAUCUCAAAGGUAAAAUACCUCAGUUCGUGUUAGACGCAGCAUUUGCAACAGUAAUGUUAGACUACAUAGUACACGUCAGGAAAUUCGCAGCCGAAGCCAAAGAGCAGGGCAGGUUUUAA